UAAUUUGUUACAUUGACGGCUUGUGUUUUUCUACUGUGUCCAAUCAUCUGUGCAAUUAGAAUGUCGAAAUCACUAAACUUCUAUUAUGACUUAAUGUCUCAACCGGCGCGAGCUUUGUAUAUGUUUUUGAAAUUAAAUCAAAUUCCAUACGAAGGUGUUCGAAUAGACAUUGCCAAAGGUCAACAUCUCACCGAUGAAUACCGAAAUAUUAAUCGUUUCCAGAAGAUUCCCUGUAUCGUCGACGGCGAUUUCAGAUUAGCUGAAAGCAUUGCUAUUUACCGGUAUUUGUCAAGUGUGUACAAAGUGGACGAUCAAUGGUAUCCGAAGGAUGCGAAAAAAAGAGCCCGUGUCGACGAAUACUUGGAAUGGCAGCAUAUGAAUACGAGAAUGUCUUUGUCGAAGUACGUCUGGAGUACUUGGCUAUUACGUUCCAUGACGGGAAAGACAGUAUCGGAGGCAAAAAUCAAUGAAGCCAGAAAGCAAAUGGAAGCCACGCUAGAUUUGUUUACGAAACUAUGGUUAAAUGACAGUCAAUUUAUUGCUGGUGAUGAGAUAACUUUGGCAGAUUUGGUAGCUGCCACUGAAAUUGAACAAUUAGGUCCCACAAAUUAUAAUGCAUUUGAGGGUCGUCCUCAACUGAAGAAAUGGAUCGAAUUGGUGAAGAGUAAGACCAAUCCUCAUUACGAUGAUGCUCAUAAAAUGAUUUAUAAAGUAGCCGCAUUGAAUAAAGCGAAAUUGUAA